GACGAGUACGUAUCGCACACCGAUAGUUUGUUUGUUGUUGUGUGCUCAAGUUGUUUCACACUGUAGUUUUUUGUAGUGUGCGCCCCCAGGACUAACUGACAUUCAGGAGGCUCAUAGAUCGCAUGGCGACUACAAGGGAUGACGGGUAAUUAAAGAUGGCAUCUCCGACUCCUUCAAUUGAAUCACUACCACGAGCAAACUCCGUUGGAUCGUUUGGUGACCAAGCCGACUAUUUGUCCCUAUCUCCCCUGGAAGAUUCCCCAUUGUCAGUGAGUGGUUCGUCGCCCCCAGUCAGCGAUUCCGUCGAUCGAGACAGCGACCCCUCUGAGCUCCAUUGCCAGCAGUGCCGCGAGCCUGUGGCCGACCCCAAACUCUUGGCCUGCUUCCACACCUUUUGCAAUCCUUGUCUUGAAAAGAACAAGCUCAUCUGCCCACGGUGCAACUCGGAAUCGAUCGAAGGCAUCCUCAAUAGCUUGCUUUUUAGCUCGGACUCAACGACAGACUCGUUUCAUCCGACGGUCCGUUGCACCGGCUGUAAGACCAAGAAACUAGACGCGGUUGCCCGCUGCGUCGAUUGUGCCAAUUAUCUGUGUCCGAACUGCGUCAUGGCUCAUCAGUUUAUGCACUGCUUCGAAGGCCAUCGAGUCGUCAACCUGAACGAAAUCAAAGAUGAAUCCAAGAACGGCCUGAUCUCGAAUUCCACAAUCACCAAUGGUGAAAAUAAAAACACGGUCUGUCCACGACACAAAGGCGAACUUUUGAAAUAUUUCUGUCGCACUUGUUCGAUUCCAAUAUGCAAAGAGUGUCUGAAUUUAGAACAUCCAGCCGGUAUACACGAAUACGAACAUAUCAGCGAAGCGGCUCCAAAACAAGUCGAAGCGAUCCAACAUGCGGUACAAGAGGCUAAAACUAAAGCCACCGACAUACGCAACAUUCUUAAAAAUGUCGAACACGUAUCCAGUCGCUUGCAGGUGCAAUACCACAAAGCCCAAAACGAAAUCAACGACACGUUCAUGUUCUACCGAUCGAUGUUGGAGGAGCGGAAACAGGAACUUUUGAAAGAACUAGAGAGUGUAUUUUCGGCAAAACAAAUCUCUCUUGGCGUAGCAACACAGAAAGGUCAAGAAACGGUCGAACAGAUUUACAAAACGUGCGAAUUCGUCGAGAGACUGAACAAAUGUGCUACCAUUGUUGAAAUUUUAAUGAUUAGGAAAUUGUUAGAUACGAAAUUGCAAGGCCUUUUGAGUUACAACAUAGAUCAGAGCGUGCAAUCAGCAUGCGAACUGGAAUUUGUCUCGAAUUAUCAAGCGAUCCAAGUGGGCGUCCGUAACACAUUUGGUUACGUCCGAUCGAAUUCUGAAGCCGUGGUGGGACCUAGCAAGCAACCACCUAUUGCCCGUCCCACCGGCGGUUCCAGCUCCAGCGGCAGCAGCGUCAAUGGCAGUUCGGGGAGUCUAAACGGCGGCAUCCACUGCCCGUUUACCAUUUCCGGCUCCAGCCAAUCAACCUCUCCAUUUGAAUCAAACAUAAUCAGCAAAAGAUUCAGCAGUGCCAAUAGUUUGGGACCGUUUUCAACGACAAUCGGUGAUUUGAAUCUCAACGGUAUCAACCCUUACGAAAAAUGGUCGAAUGGUGGUACCGACACAAUGUUCCAAAACGGCAGCAGCGAUCCCUAUUCGUUAACGAGCACCGGUCAUAGCGAUCCCAUGCUCGAUCUCACAUCGAAAUUGAUGUCCACGGCGAUAUUUCCCCCGAAAUCUCAAAUCAAACGCCAAAAGAUGAUCUACCAUUGCAAGUUUGGCGAGUUUGGCGUGAUGGAAGGUCAAUUUACUGAACCGAGCGGCGUUGCGGUCAACGCUCAAAACGACAUUAUUGUCGCCGACACGAAUAAUCAUCGAAUCCAGAUUUUUGACAAAGAAGGCCGCUUUAAGUUCCAAUUCGGCGAGUGUGGUAAACGCGACGGCCAACUUCUCUACCCGAAUCGCGUCGCCGUUGUGCGUACCUCAGGCGACAUCAUCGUCACAGAGCGUUCGCCCACGCACCAGAUCCAAAUCUACAACCAAUACGGACAGUUUGUGCGAAAAUUCGGCGCCAACAUCCUACAGCAUCCACGCGGUGUUACCGUUGAUAACAAGGGCCGCAUUGUCGUCGUCGAGUGUAAAGUGAUGCGUGUGAUUAUCUUCGAUCAAACCGGGACUGUUUUGCAAAAGUUUGGCUGUUCGAAGCACUUGGAGUUUCCGAACGGCGUCGUCGUCAACGACAAACAGGAGAUCUUUAUCAGCGAUAAUCGUGCUCACUGCGUCAAGGUGUUCAGUUACGAGGGUGUUUAUCUGCGACAAAUCGGUGGCGAAGGCAUCACUAACUACCCGAUAGGUGUCGGUAUCAAUGCCAAUGGCGAGAUUCUGAUCGCCGAUAACCACAACAACUUUAACUUGACCAUCUUCACCCAAGACGGACAACUAGUAUCUGCGUUAGAGAGCAAAGUGAAGCACGCCCAAUGUUUCGAUGUUGCGUUGAUGGACGACGGCUCCGUAGUAUUGGCCAGUAAGGAUUACCGUCUGUACAUCUAUCGCUAUGUGCAGGUGCCCCCCAUUGGUCUGUAGACGGAGCGAGAUCGUCACGAGACAGGGUCUCCAGCAGCCGUUCCCGACACUUUUUGUUGAUGCAUUUUUGAACGAAGCGUUCGGAUUGCUGGUCUGUUAUUACUAUUUGUAUUUAUCAAUUUAUAAAUUUAAAGUUUGUCCAAAAUUGUAACGAUGUGCAGUCGUCGUCAUAGUUUUGUAUUGUACUUCACAAUGUUGAUAUUUUUUAUUGAUAGUAUGUACGAUAUUUGACGAUGCGUUUGAGACAGGAAGCCUGCCUGCUCCUUCAGGGAGCGCGGCCCGUCACCCGUGUUGAAUGACCAAUUCUAUCACUAAUUCAAAACAGGGAUAUUAUAAUUCACAUUUUAGAAAUGUUAAAGAAUAAUAAACCAAGCAGCAUAGCGGUGCCUGGGCCAUUGUUGUAUUUAAGUCGAGCAUCAAUUUCCGAUACGAUAUGAUGAUCUAUUUUAAUAUGCGUGUAUGAUGUUGUGUAUGUCCUUAGUAUAGCGCGUUGUUGUUUGCGGGAUGCCGCGUUGUUAGCGACCCUAGUCACCCACGAACUGUACUUGUAACAGUUUUUUUUUCUUUUAAUAUUAUUAUUGAUUAUUUUUUAUUAUAUCCCCUCCUUUUUGUAUGUUUUUUUUUUGUAUUAUUAUUAUUGUCUUUACUAUUACUGUGCUUUGUUCGACACCGUAGCGUGCCGUGCCCCCAACUUCCAGUCGCUCGGGCGUUGUUUAUUUUUAGUUUUGUUAUGAUUUAUAAAUAGUGGUAUUAUUACACCAUAUCUCUUAAGUUAGAAAAAACUACAUAGGAAGAAAUUGCAACUCUCCCUGUGGUGCAUGCAAUAUACUUCACACCAUCCUUCAUUAUUAUUUUUUUUUUUAAUUAUUAUAUGAGUUAGUUGUAGCAGUAGAAUAUAUUUGUUUGUUGAUGCUGCCGAGUUUAAGAUAGUGACGCUGGCCGCACGAGCAUGCGUGCGGUCGCGAAUCGCGGACGCUGCCGCCGCCGCAGGCGCGCCCUACAAGACUAUUUACUUAGUAGCUAGGGUUUUAUUUUAGUUAGAAAUGGUGAGGGCGAGCGGGCGGAUGGCGUCGUAGUCGUCGCCGUAUUUCUCUUUAUAAUUUUCUCUUUCUCUCUAUUUGAUCGCGAUUCCCCUCGCCCGCUCCGCCUCGUUGCGUAUUAUUAUUUAUAUUAUUAUUAUAUUGUUGUUUUUUGAAACCGGAGGCGAUGAUCGCAGAACACGGGGGCUGAGCGAUCUCAAUCCCACAUUUUACCAGCAGUCCCGUGACUUGCGCCGCGCCGUCACUCGUCUGGUCGCCGAAAUGUUGUCUCUUGGUGUCUCACCGACAAGUGUUAUAUAUGUUGUUUUUAAUGUCUUGUUCAGAGUACGCUCUAUUUUUUCUAUUGUUCCUGAGACGUCCUUGGCGAGGCACCUUGAGAAUAAACCGGCGCGGAUGACCCGACCAGGAUGGCUACGGCGCCCCAAUGUAUUACUAGAAUUUUUUUAAACUUGUUGUUAUUAUUAUUAUCUUAAUUUUAAUGGUAAAAUUGUUCUUAAAUUAAAUGUACAUUGUUUUGUUU